AGUCAGUCCGCGGUUGACUCCGAAGUGGCAGGGGAUCCGGGACUUCCACUUGUCAGAUACUCCUCCAGCGUACCCACACCAAGUGCAUCACCACCCGCGCUAAAAUGUCCAAGUUGGAACAGGUUCUCAUCCUCGACCCGCCUUCCGACCUCAAAUUUAAAGGUCCCUUCACAGAUGUAGUAACCACGAACCUCAAACUGAAGAACCCUUCAGACAGAAGAGUGUGCUUCAAGGUGAAGACAACAGCUCCACGUAGGUACUGCGUACGACCAAACAGUGGGGUCAUUGAUCCUGGAGCAACUGUCGUCAUCUCUGUUAUGCUACAACCCUUUGAAUAUGAUCCCAACGAGAAGAGUAAACACAAGUUCAUGGUUCAGACCAUUUUCGCCCCGUCACAUGUUUCCGACAUGGAUUCAUUGUGGAAAGAAUCUAAACCUGAUGACCUCAUGGAUUCCAAGCUGAGAUGCGUCUUUGAGCUGCCUUCUGAAAAUGACAAACUGGUGAAUGCGGUGGAUUCGGUCCCGGUGAAGGCCGAGCCGACCGUGGAGGAUUCGGAGCUGAAGAAGAUGCAGGAGAAGUGCAGGAGGCUUCAAGCAGAGAUCAGCAAGCUGAACGAGGAGAACCGACAAAUAAAGGAAGACGGAGUUAGGAUGAGAAAAAUGCCUCCCCCAGACCACAUGAUGUCAAACUCAACCGCCUUCCUGCCCUCCCUCCUCGUCGUCAUAGCAGCAAUUUUCAUCGGUUUUUUCUUAGGGAAGUUCAUCUUGUAGACCGGGACAUGCAUGUUGGGCGUCCCCCUCCCCCCUCCCCGCCCUCUCUGCAGCUCCAGAUCACACAACAACAAAAAAAGAAGAGCUGGACCAGGUCCUUCUGUUGACUUUGCCAUAUCAUCGGUAGUGUGGCCUCCAGUGAACACGUGUGUACAGCAUCAUUUGAAGGCCUGGCCUUUUUACAAUCACACAGUUUAGUGCGCACAGAGUUAAGACGGGUGACAAAAAUCAACCCCCCCAGUUUUUUUCCCCCCCUCCAGUUUUUUGAUUGCAGUUUUGACACAGAUGUUGUGGUGGGAUACAGACAGAUGUUCGCUCGGGGAGGACUUUAAACGGUGACGGAGAAGCAGUCAAAAGGAUCAGGGUUUCCUUUCUUCCUUCUUUCUUUCUGCUGUUUCUAUAGGAAUUGAAUGGAACUGUAGUCGUCUUUUUAAAUGUUAUUUUAAAGGCUUUUAAACAGAAAAGGACAGAACUUCCAUUUAAAAAGACCUUGCUCCUUGUUGCUGGAUCGCCUCUGAAGUCAAUUUGUUUGUAAUUUCUACUUCUUGUGUUGGAAUGUUGAGGUCCAGCUGAGGAUUUAGGUGCCUCCUUCUUGUAUAUUUGUCCUGUGCUUUUCCUCACACAGAUGCAGGCUUGUUAUUAUUAUUAUUAUUAUUAUUAUUAUUAUUAUUAUUACAAGACAUAUAUUCCUUUUGAGGCAAAUAUUGACUGAAAUGUUUCCAUUCUUAAGGUGAAAAUUCUGUCCCAUGGUAUUAAUCAUUAAUCAAAAUAAAGGUGAAAAUUGUGGUUUUCA